AACAAAAAAGGCCGCGCUGCCGCGCUCGCCAUCGCCUUCGGUCGACCCCAAAUAAUCCUCCCACCCAAAUACAUCCGGUGGAUCAUCGACCAGCCGGAAUCCGUGCUAAGCAUGGAUCCGAUCCACGACGAAUUCCACGCCUUCGUGCAGGACGGGUUGGUCGGCGACCACUCGGUGCAGGAGGUGCUGCGCAAGGAACUAACGCACAACCUGGGGCGGCUGACGGCCGACAUCAACGACGAGAUUGUGGACGCGCUGCAUGCCGUGUGGGGCGAUUCGCCCGAGUGGCGCACGAUUCCUCUCAAGGACAGUACGCGCACCAUCAUUGCGCGAAUUACCAAUAGGUUGUUCGUCGGGAAGGAACUUUGUCGCAACGAGCAGUACAUCCGUGACGCCGUCGGGUUAGGGCUGGCGGUCAUGCCCGAGACCGUGUUCCAGGACUUGCUGCCCCGGCCGCUGAAGGGCCCUGUCUCCGCGAUUGUCAAGUGGAUUAAUCGUUUUUACAUGGCCGGCUUCAACCGCCACCUGCAGUCCGUGGUGCGACAGCGGAUUCACGACCGCGCCGUCCGACGCGGCGAGCCCAUGGCCGGAUUAGAGCAGCGGACAAUCGCGCGCGUGGGCAUGGCGAACCUGGCGUCGAUCGAGACGACAACCAACACGAUGAGCAAGUGCCUGGCGGACCUGACGACACUGGGCGAGGCGCAGGGGUACCGGGCUCUGGUGACGGCGGAGGCGCGGACGGUGCUGCGCGAGUGCCAGCAGCGGCCGGAGAAGAAGGACAUCGACAAGCUGGGGUGCAUCGAGAACGCGCUCAAGGAGAGCCUGCGGCUGGCGGUCGUCUUUCCGGGGCUCAUCCGCCAGGUCACCAGCCCCACGGGGGCGACGCUGGCCGCCGACAAGGAGGCCGGGGGCCUGCGUCUGCCGCACGGGGCGCGCAUCAGCGUCGCGGCCUACGCCAUCCACCGCGACGACAGCCUGUGGCCCGAGGCCACCACCUACAAUCCGUCUCGUUACGAGGUCGAGCAUGCCGCGGCGCCGCGCGUACCCAUGUCCCGCGCCUCGGAGCGCUUUCUCUCCUUCGGCAUGGGGAAGCGCGCAUGCCCUGGCCGCUUCUUCGUCACCGAUGAGCUGAAGCUGCUGUUCGCUCAUAUUUUCACCAAGUAUGAGAUCAAGGUCAUCCCGCCCCCGCCUACCACGGCGGGCCUGUUCACCGAGUUGACGCUGCGAGGGCCGCAGGAGCAGUUGAUGAUUCGUCGGCGGACUGAGGAGGAGAUGAACACGGCGUGAUUAUGGGACGGAGUUGAUGUUUAAUCGGGUUCAAGACAGUCUGGCUCACUGGUUCACUUGGUGGGACGUACCAUUUCCUUUCUCGCUGUAGGGUUAUAUCGGUCACGGGAUCCGUUGGGGAGCGAUAUUCAUGUAUUUAUCCACCUUUUUCG